UGUCAAGUUAUGUUAAGUUUGUUUUCAUUUCAAAAUUCUUAGGAGCAGAGAAAAUAAGAGUCAUUUUAAGCGAUUUGUGGAAAAUAUUUCGUUGAUUGUUAGCAAUUAUUGGCUUAGGAUUUCAGUUGUUGAGUUUAUAAAGGCGGUAUAAGAUCAAAUUCAAUCAGUUCCAAGUGUAGUGGAAACUAUCAAGAGGAGUUCAUUUGGAAAAUGUUAGCAACAUUUUAGCACAUAAAAUAUUUUUACACCGAGGAAUAAGCGAGAAAUCGGAAAGAUGUCCAUAUAUUGUUGGGGUAACACAAAACAUGGUGAACUUGGAUUGGGUGGAAUUGAAGAUGAAGAGAUUUUGGAACCCCGAGAAAUCCCCUGGCAUCCAGAAAGCUCUGUAAUAAGCAUUGGAUGCGGACUUGAACAUACCUUGUUUUUAACUGAAGAUGGAAAAGUAUAUUCAUGCGGCUGCAAUGAUUUUGGUCAAUUGGGUCACCAGCAGAUGACGAAGCGACCACAACUCAUAAGUGACCUCGAAAGCACUGUAAUUACGGAAAUAAGUUGUGGUGCAAGACACUCCUUGGCUCUCAGUGAAUGGGGUCAAGUAUUCACUUGGGGUCACAAUGACUAUGGCCAGCUAGCUCUACCAGAUUUUCCCGAUGUUGUUCGCUCACCAAAAAUCGUUAAAAAACUUGCAACCCAAACAAUCAUUCAAAUUGCCAGCGGCUACAAUCACUGUCUUGCUUUGACUAAUUGUGGCGCUUUGUAUGCUUGGGGUUCAAACAUUUAUGGACAGCUGGGCAUAUCACCGCCAAGUGACUUGGCUCAUUCAACAACACCUCGUUUAGUAGACUCAUUGCUCGGUAUACCAAUCGCUUUAAUAGCAUGUGGUGGAAACCAUUCAUUUAUCAUUUCAAAAUCUGGUGCUGUGUUUGGUUGGGGCCGCAAUAACAGUGGACAAUUGGGACUAAACGACUGUAUCCAUCGACAUUUUCCAACACAAUUAAAGACACUGCGCAGCCUGUGUGUUCGUUACAUUGCUGGUGGAGAACAAUACUCUGUAUUUCUGACCAACGAUGGUGGUGUAUUUACAUGUGGAAGAGGUUCAUAUGGCCAGCUUGGCCAUGGCGGUAAUUUGAAUGAAGCACUGCCGCGGAAAGUAACGGAGUUGAUGGGUAGCACGAUUACACAAAUUGCUUGUGGCGCACAACAUACACUUGCCUUUGUGCCGUCUCGUGGGAGAAUUUAUGGUUUCGGUUUAGGUUGUUUUGGACAGUUUGGAGCACGCAAAGUGAGCAGUUGCUCUCUGCCGCAGGUGGUGGUGGGACCAUGGGUAUCUCCCAGUGGAUCUAAGUUAGUGGAUACUGAUACCAAAGAAAACCUAGAGACAGCCUUUUUAAUACGUCAAAUCUUUUGCGGCGGCAAUCAAUCCCUCGUAUUGACUUCGAAAUUUAAUGACGAUAUUCUUGCCGUAGAUUAUCGCAUUUAUGAGCCGAGAACCCAAAUAAUGUGUUUAACCAAAGAACUGGCGAAGCAGUGUGCUUUGGUGGAGAAAGACGCUUCAGUUGAUUUAGAUUUAAUGACAGCCAUUGAGGUGAUUUUCAAAAGCCAAGCUUGUCUCAAUGGCUCAUUUUUAUUGGAGAAUAGGCAUUUCUGUUGCACCUCAAAGCAGCCAGGUGUUGAUUUGUUGGACGUUAAGGAAACUUUUGAUUAUAUACGCAAAGUAGAGCACGAAAGCAUUAAGCAAAUCAUAUGGGACAAAAUUACAAAUGAAAUAAUUGCCUCACUCAUGCCAUCGCCGGCGGACGUUGAAACUUUACGACUUUAUUUAAUUUUGCCAUUAUAUCAUGAAUUUGUUAAUUCUAAGAACUAUGAACAUUUGCAUACAACCUUCAGCAAUGCUGUGCUCAGACUCAAAGAUAUACCUAAGAAAAUAAUCGCCAUAUGGUGGGCACAAACACCAGUUGACUGGUUUGAAAAUUUGGUGUCAAACUACAAGAAUGUUGUAGCACACAUAAUUAGUUUUAAAAUCGCUGCAAAUUCUAGUGGUACCUUCGAAAAAAAGCUUGUUACAUACAAUUCCAAUCUAUGUGCCGCUCUAAAUCUUCUAGUCGUUCUACAUCGAAUUAAUCACAAAGAGCGCGAAGAAAAAAUUGACUAUGAUAUUUUCCACUGGCCGGAGCUAACAGAUUAUGUUGAUAUCCAACAGGAUUACAUACAUUGGCUAUUCGACAAAAAUCCCGAUGCUUUUAAUAUAUGUAAUUAUCCGUUUUUGUUUAAUGCGUCUGCGAAGACCACACUCCUACAAACAGAUCAGGCCAUUCAAAUGCAUACCGCCAUGCAAAACGCUGCCAACUCAGGAAUACUCUCUCUGCUCACAUUCGGCACGCCUAUUUCACAAUUUAUUGUGCUAAAUGUCUCACGUGAGAAUUUGGUACAAGACACUUUGCGGGAAAUAAUGCAAUAUAAUCAAAGUGACUUGAAGAAGCCGCUCAAGAUCAAGUUCCAUGGCGAGGAGGCCGAAGAUGCUGGUGGUGUACGAAAGGAGUUUUUCAUGCUCUUACUAAGAGAUCUUUUGGAUCCAAAAUAUGGCAUGUUCAAAGAAUACGAAGACUCGCGUACGCUGUGGUUUGCGGAUAUUACAUUUGAAACGGAGGAUAUGUACUUUUUAAUCGGUGUAAUUUGUGGGUUGGCGAUAUAUAAUUUUAUAAUCAUAAAUUUACCAUUCCCAUUGGCAUUGUAUAAAAAACUACUCGACGAACCUGUAGACCUUAGUGACUUGCGUGACCUUUCGCCGACCUUGGCGAAUUCUAUGGAAUCUAUUUUGAAAUAUGAUCAAAUCGAUUUCGAAGAAGUUUUCAAUUUGCAUUUUGAAAUAUCACGUGAUAUUUUCGGUGAAUCCAGAACGGAAGAGCUGAAACCAAACGGUGGUCAAAUACCCGUUACUUUGGAAAAUAAAAAAGAGUUCGUAGACUUAUAUGUUGAUUUUAUAUUUAACAAAGCCGUAGAAACCCAAUUUACAGCUUUCCGCAAGGGUUUUAUGAAGGUAUGUUGGGGCCGCGUACUACAAAUUUUCAAACCAGAUGAAUUGAUGGCUGUCGUUAUUGGAAACGAGGAGUAUGAUUGGCAAGCGCUUGAGCUACAAUGUGAAUAUAAGAAUGGCUAUAACUCUGGUGAUCAAACGAUAAGAUGGUUUUGGGAAGUGUUCCACGAAUUACCGGAAAGCGAGAAGAAAAAAUUUCUUCUCUAUUUGACCGGAAGCGAUCGUAUACCGAUCCAAGGAAUGAAAGCGAUCAAGAUUUGUAUACAACCAACAAAUGAUGAACGAUUUCUUCCCGUUGCACAUACGUGUUUCAAUCUACUAGAUUUGCCUCAAUACAAGACUAAAGAGCGUUUAAAAUACAAAUUGCUUCAAGCUAUACAACAAACUCAGGGUUUUAGUUUAGUAUGACUUUAUACUAUCAAAUUAGAAUCAGCGCCUACGUUAAGAAUAAUGAAAUAUAUUCACCAGACAAAAAUAUUUUUACAAGUAUGUAAUACAAUACAUGAAUUACCCAAUUACCCAACUUUUCUUUUGUCUAAGUUGAUUUGAUUUGUAUGGAAAAUUUUUAUUGUUUGUAACAAAAUUUUGGAUUGAACUAUUUGCAUGUAUAUACAUUUGUA